AUGCUCCUCAUCGGCCUCACCGGGUCCAUUGCGACCGGCAAGUCGACCGUGUCCUCGUUGCUCUCCAGCCCUCCUCACAACCUCCCCAUCAUCGACGCCGAUGUUCUUGCGCGCAAAGUUGUCGAGCCCGGAACGGCCGGGUACGCCGCCAUCGUGCGGCACUUCGCCGCGUCGACGCCGGACCUGCUCGAAGCGCCGUCUGCCACUAUGCCCGCCGACGGGCCAUCCGGCCUCGGCCGACCUCUUAAUCGCCCUGCUCUCGGCCGCCGCGUGUUUGGCGACUCGGAGGCGCUGCGGCGCGACCGCGCGGCGCUCAACGCCAUCGUGCACCCGGCGGUGCGGCGAGAAAUGGCCAAGGCUGUGCUGGGCUGCUACGUGCGCGGGUGCUGGGCCGUGGUGCUCGAUGUGCCACUGCUGUUUGAGGGCGGGCUGGACCGUUUCUGUGGCACGACGCUCGUGGUGGCGGUGCGCGAUCCCGAGGUGCAGCUGCGGCGGCUGACGGCCCGGGAUCCGCACCUCAGCCGCGAGGAUGCGGAGAACCGCGUGCGCAGUCAGGGCGACGUGCGCGAAAAGGCGGCGCGAUGCGCGGCGCGCGGUGAGGGACGCGGCGUGGUGCUCUGGAACGAUGGCUCGCGCGAGGAGCUGGCGGAAAGUCUGACCAAGGAGAUGUCAAAGCUCAAGGCGAGUAGCCCGGAGUGGUGGGCGUGGGCGCUGUUGGGGUGCCCGCCGCUGGCGCUGCUGGUGGCCGUGUAUAGGAUCUGGGAGAAUGGGAAGCUGAAUAGGGAGUGGAAUGAAACUAAACGAACGAGCAAGCUGUAG